AUGGCAGGAGACGGGACAGCCCAGAGAUUGGACCACACUCAAUCAGCUUCUCAGAAGUUCUCCUACAGGUGGACCAUCUGCAACUUCCCUUUUUUUUUGGAGAAAAGGCCAGGAAGCAUUAGAAGCCUAACUUUCUCAAUAGGAGCCAAUGACAAAUGGUGUUUGACAGUACCAAAGGGAAUCAAUGAAGUAAGUGCAGAUUACCUAUCUGUUAAUCUACUUUUGCUCAGGUGUCUAAAGAGCCAUGUUUGGGCAAAGUUCCAGAUCUGUAUCAUAAAUGCUGAAGGAGACAAAACAGAAACCAUGAGGAGCCCAAAAGCCUUUAAGUUCGUGCCAGGCCUUGGCUGUGGAUUCAAAAAGUACAUCCUUCGAGAUUUCCUCCUGUCUCAUGCACCUCGUCUUCUUCCAGACGACCAUUUCACACUCCUCUGCAUGGUGAGCAUGGUUCAGGACUCAUUCAGUAUCUCUGACCAGAACAGAAAGCCAGGGAUUCAAGUUCCCAGAUGCACAUUGACAGAUGACAUUGGAGAGCUGUGGGAGAAUUCCUUAUUCACAGACUGCUGCCUGGUGGUAUCUGGCCAGGAAUUCCAGGCUCACAAGGCCAUCUUAGCAGCUCACUCUCCAGUUUUCAGAGCCAUGUUUCAACAUGACAUUGAGGAGAGCAGGAAGAACCGCUUUGAGAUCCCUGACUUGGAGCCACAAGUCUUCAAGGCAAUGAUGGACUUCAUUUACACUGGAAAGGCACCACACCUAGACAGCAUGGCAGAUGCUGUGCUGCCAGCUGCUGACAAGUAUGGCCUGGAGCUUUUGAAGGUCAUGUGUGAGGAUGCCCUCUUCAAGGACCUCUCUGUGGAGAAUGCUGCCCACACUCUAUCCCUGGCUGACCUCCACAGCUCAGGGCAGCUGAAAACCCAGGUGCUGGAUUUCAUUACAGCUCAUGCUUCUGAGGUCUCUGAGACCUCAGGCUGGAAGGCAAUGGUGGGCUCAAAUCCCCAUUCAGUGGCUGAAGCAUACCAUUCCCUGCCUUCUGCUCUUCUCUCUUUCCUGGAGCCCUCUUUCAAACGCUUGAAGCAAUCCUAG